AUGUCGGCACCGGAAUAUAGUAUGGCGCGCGAUUAUAUCGAUAAUAACCGGAUUAAUCUUCAUCAUUACUUCUGGCUUGAACUUUACGGGUACCUUCUACACCCGUCGAUCCCGUUACAGGACCCCAAUCUCAAGAUCACGGAUGUUGGAAUCGCCACGUGUGUCAUCCUUACGGACUUAGCCGCUACCUUCCGCCAUCAGUGCAACUGGACCGUUUCGACAUCCCAUUCAAAGCCGUCCCUCCGCAAGAAUGGCUCCCUCCGAACAUGA